AUGCACAAUUAUUUAUACAUAUCUUUAACAAUUCAUUUCGUUUUUGUUAAUUUUAAUUAAAAUUUUAUGUUUUUUAAAGAUUUUUACAGCUUCAAUUCACAUCACCGUGCUCGAAAUGUUCAAGUGCCUCAAUUUGCACUAAAUGCGCAGAUGGAUACUCACUUGGCAGUAACUCGACCUGCAAUCAAUGCACAAAAAUAUUUUUACUAUGAUUUUUUUAAAAAUAAUAAUUGUUAUUCUUUUGCUAUUUAUAUUAAAAAAUAUUCAAAAUAGCACAUCAAAAUAAUUUAUGAAAAGUGAAAUAUUAAAAAUAUUGUAAACUGAAGUCUUUGCUUACCAAAUCAGAAUUAAAAGUUAAUUUUUAUAAUAGCCUUAAUAAAAUGCUAAAUAAAAUCAUUAAUAUUCUAAAACUUACCGAGUUUAUCCUGGUUAACUAGCCUCAUUUAUGCUCUGAAAAUUUUUAUCUGCUAAUUGAAGGAUUUUUUAGCAAUUAGUUAAUUAGUUAUAUUUAACCCUGGUUUAAUGUCCAUAGCCACAUUACCUGGACAGGCUUCCGCUUCUGCUUUGGGUUUCCCCGCUGACCACACUCCGUCUACCACUUAGUCUUGAUCUGAAUGGUUCCUCGACUUCUGGCGUUCUGAUUUUAACAGCUCUUGGGAAACAAAUUUGCGGCAGAAAAUUCAAAUUUUUUAGGGAUGGGUGCCCAAGGUUGCGCGCUCUUGGGCAGCACAAAUAUCAUCAUUGCCGGAUAAAUUCGCUGGAAGUGAAGCCAAACUUCAUCAUCAAAAUUUGUCAAAGGAGUAAUUUCUGAUUGGCAGAACAGAAUAUUCGAACAACACAAAUUUUUUAAUUAUGAGGUAUUUUUUAGCAAUAAUUUCAGGCAUCAAUUCACAUCGCCUUGCUCAUUAUGCAGUAUCUCAACAUCAACUUGUGCAAGUAACAUUGCAGGAUGCUAUUUAUUUGCAAAUUUUUAUAUCAAAAAACAAUUAAAUUUUUGCAUUAAAAAAAACUCACCGCUUGAAGAAAAUAAAUAUGUCGAAUUUUCCCAUAAUAUACUAUAAUAUAUUUACUAAUAUUUUAUUUUGCUUAUUUAUGGUAAAUUGAUUUUAAAAAUGUCAAAAAAAUUUUGGCAUGUCAUUAUAUAUAAAACUGAGUCUAGGUAUGCUAAUUUUUUUUGACAUUUUAAAAUCAAUUUACCAUAAAUAACCAAAAUGAAAUUUAUGCAAGGGAUUAUAUUUAUAUUCAACAACUUGUAAUGCUUGCACAAAUCAAUGUGCUAAUUGUACUUCAGCAAGUGUAUGUACUAGCUGUGUUGCAAAUGCUAGCUUUAAUUCUGCAACCAGUUCAUGCCAAUUUAAUAGUGGUUAUACUCCAGUAAACGGGGCGUGCUCUCAAUGUCCAUCAUCUUGUGCAGCUUGCAGCUCUCUAACAAAUUGUUUAACUUGCAAUUCCAAUGCCGAAGUAAGCUCAAAUGGUAGGAAAAAUAAGCAAAUAUUUCGAAAAAAUGAAUUUCUUAUUAAUUUCCUAAAUAAUUGAUAUUUUAGGGAUAGGAAUUCUUUAGAAAAUUAUUUUUAUUGAAUAUGCUUGCUUAAAAAAUCUAUUUUGAAAUUAAUUUAUGGACUUAUCGAUAUAUCCGAAUGGUCUAUGCUCUUGCAAGAGUGGCUUCUCAUUAGAUUCGAGCAAUAACUGUAUCGCAAUUUGCAAUAAUAUUUGCACUUCUCUCUCUACUUCUAAUGGGCAAAACUGCACUGCAUGUAUUACAAAUGCAGAGCUAUCUGAAUUACUUGCUCUUGCCCAUCGAAUGCUUGAUAUGAUUCACUCCCCACUUUAAAUUGGAAGAAUAAAUUUUGUUCCUAUUUAAAAGUUGGGUUGGAUUUUUUUCAAGAUUUUGUUUUAUGAAGAAUUGAUCGAUUCGUAUUAAAUAAUAUCCUUCUAGCAAUUUUAUCAUUAUAUUAGGCUAAAAAUAAUUUUAUAUAUUAUUUUUACAUAUAAAAUUUUAUAUAAAAAAAAAUUGUUCCAAUUCAAAGAGAGUAUAAAGUACCCGGAAUAGAAAAUUUGCCUAUAUUUUGAUCCAGCUUAAAGGGGGAGUCAGCCUUAA